CUGGAAUUGAAGUUUAUAUCAAAAAGUAAGACGACAGUAAGAAAUAACAGUGACCUCUCUGAGGCGAAGAAGAACCAACACAAUUUGAGCAUCAUCCUGCUGAAUUCGAACGCGAAUCCGAUCCGAUGCAAAGACAGCUUUGGAUAUGGCUGCGCUUUCUGUCCGAAGCAAUUCCCACAGCCGACUAAUUUAAAGAAACACUUCUUAGAAGAGCACAACAGUGAUAGACUCAUCAAAUAUAUGUCGAGUAAGCUUUUUGAAAAUGUCGUCAAACUUGACAUUACGUACUUGUGUUGUGCGCUCUGUGACACGGAAUUCAUGCAACUCGAUGAUUUCGUCCACCAUUUAAAAAACACACACAACAAAGACCUUUAUAUUGAUAUCAAAAGCCAAAUCCUCCCCUUCAGGUUCGAUACGCCGGAACUGAGAUGCGCUAUUUGUUCAAUCGAAUUUGCUUCGUUCAAACUUUUACAGGAGCACAUGAAUACACACUUUAGAAAUUAUCCCUGCGAAAAAUGUGGAGGAAGCUACGUAACAGAAAGAUUACUGCAAGGCCACAUUAAGCGGCACGGCAAUGGCGAAUACAAAUGCACCCAAUGCGACAAAACAUUCACAAGCGAACACAAGAGACGCGAGCACGAGCACAGAACCCACCUUGGAUUUAACAAGCGAAACAAAUGUCACUUUUGCAACGAGAGGUUCCUUGAUUACUGGAAGAAAAUCGAUCACAUGGUGAAAGUACACGGUGCGCCACCAGUUGUACUAAAAUGUCAAGCCUGCGAGCGAACUUUCAAUAAUCAGAGGGCUUUGUCGAGGCAUAAGAAGAAGGACCAUUUACUGGAAAGGAGGCACAACUGUUCGGAGUGCGAGAUGAAAUUUUUCAGCAGUAGCUGUUUGCAAAAGCACAUGGCAAAGCAUACGGGGCUGCGGGAAUAUAUGUGCGACGUGUGCCACAAGUCAUAUGGCAGGAAGAACACAUUGAGAGAGCACAUGCGGAUACAUGCGAAUGAUCGUCGUUUUAAAUGCGAACAUUGCGGUCAAGGAUUCGUGCAGAAAUGUAGCUGGCGCGGCCAUAUGCGUGCCAAACAUGGCGAGAAUGUUUAG